CCUUACAAAAAGAGAGCCUCAAAACAAAAACCCUAACUCCUCCCCCAUUUGGUACUCCUUGCUGCUCCUCCGCCUCCUUCUUCCUCAAACACUCUCACACACCUCAACCCCAAACCCCAACAAUGCCUUUCAAGAGGUACGUGGAGAUCGGAAGGGUGGCCCUCGUCAACUACGGCGAGGACUACGGCAAGCUCGUCGUCAUCGUCGACGUCAUCGACCAGAACAGAGCUCUUGUGGAUGCCCCUGAUAUGGUGAGGUCUCAGAUGAACUUCAAGAGGUUGUCUCUCACUGACAUUAAAAUUGACAUCAAGAGGGUCCCCAAGAAGAAGGAAUUGCUUGCGGCAAUGGAUGCUGCUGAUGUGAAGAAGAAGUGGGAAAGUAGCUCAUGGGGCAGAAAGCUUAUUGUUCAGAAGAGAAGGGCAAGUCUCAAUGACUUUGAUCGCUUCAAGCUUAUGUUGGCUAAGAUCAAGAGGGCUGGCCUGGUCAAGAGUGAGCUUGCAAAACUGAAGAAGCAGAGUGCUUAGGCAAUAUCUGAUGUUAGGUUUACAAUUUUGUAAUGGAUUUUCUUCUAAACUUUGGUUUGUAAUCUCUUCCUUCUAUCAAAUUCUAAUUUUUUUCAGUACUGGUGAGAAGUUGCGAACCUUGUUAUUUUUGGGUCAUGAUUACGGUUUACUGAAAGUUGUUAUUUUAGACAAAACUAUUUAUGCAGUUUACUUUGCCAA